AUGAAGGUAAAAUUAUCUAUAAAACGUUUAUGUAAAAAUGGUUUUUUAAUAAAUAGACAAAAAAGAAAAUAUAUUUAUGGAGUAAAAUUUCUAAACAUAACCACCGACAAAAAUAAUAAAAAUUUAAAUAUAGUAAUUAUAAUAAUAUAA